AUGGAGGGCUUUGUCUAUUCCCCCUUCGGCACAUACCAGAGCUUCAGGGGCGGCCCCCCCCCGGGCCGCAGCCGGGACCCAGCGGUGAAGCAGCCCAGCUGGAAGCAGAGCAAGAGCGGCGGCAUCAGCCCGGUCCUGGGCGGGCCCCUCAGCCCGCUGCCCUCCGACUACCUGGACAGCUACCGGCGGGCCCAGCUGCAGGCCUUGCUGUCCCAGGUGAACCCCGGCCUGGCGCCGCGGCGGCGCCGGCCCGUCACCAGGGAGGUGGGGGUGCAGGUGACCCUGCGGGCCGACGCCGCCGUGCAGUGCUCGCUGGGGCCGCGCACCCUGCCCUUUCUGGAGCAGAAGUAUGGCUACUUCCACUGUAAAGACUGCAAGACCAGAUGGGAGAGUGCUUACGUGUGGUGCAUUUCUGGAAGCAACAAGGUGUACUUCAAGCAGCUCUGUCGCAAAUGCCAAAAGGGCUUCAAUCCCUAUCGAGUGGAAGCAAUCCAGUGCCAGACCUGUUCAAAGACUCGUUGUUCCUGCCCUCAGAAGAAAAGACACAUUGAUCUCAAGAGACCUCAUCGCCAAGAACUUUGUGGCCGCUGCAAAGGCAAGAGGCUGUCCUGUGAUAACACCUACAGCUUCAAAUACAUUGUCUGA